AUCAAUGUGUUCCACUAUGGCCAAAGACUGACUCCAGCAAAUUGUUGCGUGUCAAAUCCAAAGACGACAUGAAUUUGUCCUGCCCGUUCCGAUUCAAUGAGGUGCAGUGUAGUUUGCUCCGAUUCAAUAACAAGUAUGGUGGAAUAAAUGUCGAUGUUCAAGUGACCGAAGGAGGUGUUUACAUUACAUUUAUGCAGUACCAUGCUGGCGAUGCUCCAGCUCUAAUCAUUAAUCACACAAAUCAUCCUAUCAGUUUCCGGGAAAAAGGAAAUGUUAACGAAAGAUCUCUCAAUCCAUCCGAAAAGAUUCUCUACACAUGGACUGAUCCGGCUGGCGAUCGAAUUUUGUUAUUUAACGACGGUGACAAGCACAUUGAAAAUGACUUACGUCGCGAUGGAGUCGCUCCGUACCAAAAUUGUCAGGACGAGAAAUGUUUUUGGGCAUCGUUCUUGGAUGGAACGCAAAGGGUGCUGCUGUUUACCAACGAUGAAUACAUUGCAACUGAAACGCAGAGCGUCAACCAAUUGGAAAAGGUGACCCAAGAAAUCGAAGUUGACAUUCAUGGUAUCGGAUUGUCGCUGGUCAAUAAUUUGAAGCAAUGCGACAUCAUGUACAUCGGUAUCGCCAGUUCGGGUGUAAUUUGGGAGGAGAAGAAGAAGAACAAAUAUUUCAAACAGAUGAAAAUCCAAGAGGUUCAGAACAUGGAAAGUAAAUUUCAGGAAUACUUACGCGACAGACAGGUUGGAUCACCGCCAAAUAAACAAUACCAUUUGGAUGGCGCUGGCAAAAUUCGAAUCGAUUUCGACGAAAUGAAAUUGUACAAAUCGAAUCCGCGUGAAAUUCAACGCAUGUUCUAUCCGGGCCUGUGGAUCAAAAUGAACUCAUCUCCAUAUCAAAAGCAAAUUCAUGCGAAAAUCAAUCGAAUACAAAUUGACAAUCAAUUGGCUGAUUGUAUAUUCCCGGUGGUGUUGGCACCUGUGCCACCGCCGAAAAGUGUUGCCGCUACAACUGCGCUGAAACCGUUCGUGGAGUGCAGUAUUGUGGAACGAAUCAUUCCCCAUUCGGAUGUUAAACAAUUCAAAUACCUUACGAUGCUGAUACAAGAGUUUCACGUUAAAGUCGACUUGUUGUUCAUCAAUGAAAUCGUGGAAAUGGUUAGCACGGACUUGACGGACGAGGAAUCGCGCCAGAAAUUCGCCGACGAUAUUCAACGCCAAAAGGAACCUCUGUCGGCUCUCGUUCUGACCCAUUCGUCUCAAGAGCAAAAGAACUUCUACGAUCAACUGCAUUUGGGUCCAUUGAAAAUUCACAUUUCCUUCUCAAUGGCUGGCUUGGAGCCAGGAGCUCUACCUGGUGUAUUGUCAACAAUUCUGCAAGGUGUUGGUGUCACUCUUACUGACAUCAAUGACAUCGUCUUCAGACUGUCGUUUUUCGAUCGACAAUACACCUUCUUUACUCAACGACAAUUGACGUCGGAAAUCGUGAACCAUUAUGCUGGGCAGGCGGUUAAACAAGCUUAUGUACUGAUAUUAGGAUUGGAUGUUAUUGGAAAUCCUUACGGAUUGGUUGUUGGACUAACGAAGGGUGUCGAAGAUCUGUUUUAUGAACCGUUCCAGGGAGCCGUUCAAGGACCGCAAGAAUUUGCUGAAGGCUUGGUGCUUGGUGUCAAAUCGCUAUUUGGCCAUACAGUUGGUGGUGCAGCUGGAGCUGUCUCCAAAAUCACCGGCGCAAUGGGCAAAGGUCUGGCAGCGCUGACCUUCGACAAAGAGUAUCAGAAGAAACGCCGUGAACAACUCAACAAGAAACCAGCUAAUUUACAGGAAGGCAUUGCACGGAGUGGAAAGGGACUCGUCAUGGGUGUCGUCGAUGGUGUAACCGGCGUAUUUACGAAACCGAUCAGUGGAGCCAAGGCAGAUGGAGUCGAAGGUUUCUUCAAAGGCUUGGGUCAAGGUGCCGUCGGUUUGUUGGCCCGACCGACAACUGGUAUCGUUGACUUUGCCAGCGGUAGUUUCGAUGCCGUUAAACGAGCUGCUGAAAUGUCUGAGGAUGUGAAUCGGUUACGUGCUCCUCGUUUCUUACACUCUGACGGAAUAUUGAGACCAUUUUGUGUUCGUGAAGCUGAAGGAAAUAAAUUGUUGAAAGAAAUCGAAAAGGGAAAAUACGCCAACAGUGACACCUUCGCUCAUUAUGAAGUGAUAAUUGAAAAACGGGACGUUCUUCUGCUGUCAGACCAUCGCAUUUUAUAUUGCGUGAAGAAUGACAUAUUUGGUGGUUGGCAGGUAAAACGAAGAAUCUGUCAAGCGUCCAAAUCAAACUCAAAAUUUUACGAUAAUUUUCUAGGGAAUGGACCUAUCGUUGGCCCGAAAUCACUUCCAUUAAAGCGACUGAACGUGGCGUCCAAAUCGUUAUCGCAACGAGCAAAACGUGACAAUCUCACCAUUAUCAUGGAUGCGUUGAAGCAAAAGAGCGCCUUAUCAGACAAAUGA